GGCGGCGGCAUGAGCGAGGCGGCCGCGGAGCCCCAGCAGGAGCCGGCGGCCGGGGAUGCGGGAAGCAGCGUCUGUGCGGAGCCGGCGGGGAGCGGCCACUGCGGCCAGCCCUGGGUCUGCACAUGAAAAAAGAUUGAAGACCACUGCCCUAGUGCAAUGGUCUCCAAAGUUUUUGGAUCGUGCACCCCCACGGUGCUGCCGAAGAAAGGAGAGGGGAAGACUUACCACAGAGGGGAAGACUUGCCACAGGCGUGCCGCCGAAGAUGGGAGAGGGGAAGACCCGUUGCGGGCGUGCUGCCAGAGAGGAAGGCCUGCUGCAGUCGUGCAGAGCUGCUACCGAAGAAAAAAAAUGGCGAAGUGCCGUCCGGCAGCGCUCCUCCUGCUGCGCACCCCCUGGGAUCCUCUGGCUCACCCCCUGGGGGAAGAAAUUUGUAUAUGUUGAGCCACCUAAGAGAGUUAAGGAAGUACUUGAAGAAGAGCUUUAUUUUCGGAGAGAUGGAUGCCAAAUUAAACAUCCAGCUGCAGUGGCUCUGGAAGGAAUAUGGAGUUUGAAAAGAAAUUUCUCCGUGGGAGGCUUUAAGCCAACAUCACAGAACAGAAACAGUUUACUUUCACAGCCCAAGUACUAUUCCAGGCACGGAGGAAUAAGAAGAUAGCUCCAAUGAAAAGCAACUUCUCCCUUUCUGGAGGACGUGGGUCAGGGCAGGCACCUCCAUGUGUUACCAAGCCUACGAUUAUUUUGUUCCAGCAAACUCAAAGUACCACAAUAUAGACUGUAUAUUAUAUUUUGUACAAUAAAAUAAUAAAGCCA